AUGGAACCAUCGAAAGUUAAAGAACGUUAUCAAGCAUUAAAACUUCACGGACCAACACGCUCUUUGACUCGUUGUGAUUCAACUGAUCUUAUUCCACAAGUUGUUUCACAAAAUCAAAUCAAUAUACAUAGUAAUAUAUGUCCAAGAGCACCAGAAGUUUUAUUCGAUAGUCGAACUACAUAUUUUAAUGGUAUUAAUGAUGAUCAAGAUCGACCAUCAUCGGCACGAGUUUCUUCAGCCAAUAUUACUAGACAAUUGUCUAAUGUGACUCUAAAUGAUUCAAAAUUAUCAUCAACAGUAAAUAGUCCACUUCAUAUACGAUAUCGUCCUAUUGAUUUAUCUGCAGUUUUACCAAUGAAAGAUAAUAAAGUGAGAAUGUAUUCUAGUUUAACAAACUCAAAACAGAUAGAUUAUUUUAAUUUAUUAUCGGAUGAAUUAAUUCUAACAAUUUUAAGAUAUCUUCCUCGUGCAUCAUUAGCUUCUAUGGCUCAAGUUUGCCGUCAAUUACGUUCUUUAACUUAUGACCCAAGUUUAUGGUGUCGUGUAGAUAUGUCUCGAAAACAAAUUGAAAUUUGUUAUUUACGUGAUGUUCUUUUACGAGGCACAAUUAUUCUUAAAAUGUUUACAAAACUUCAAUUUCUUGAUUUAACUCUUGCAACAAUCUCACCUGAUGGUUUAUUAAGUUUAAUGAGUGUUUGUCGAUCACUUCGAAAACUCAGUCUUGAAACAUUACCAUUAAAUUUCAAAUUGACAUUAAAUUCACAACUUGAUACGUUAAAUCUAACUAUGUGUACUGGUAUUGAUCUUGAUUGUUGUUCAAUAUUAACAAGUCAAAUGAAACAUUUACGUUAUUUGAAUUUGGGUUGGACACAAUUAAGUGACCAAUGUGUUCACUAUAUAUGUCGAACAAUUCAAUCAAGCAUUGAACAAUUAACAAUGACUGGUUUUAGACAAGGAAUGACUGAUGAAUGUGUUGAAAAUUUAACACGUCGUGCAGUUCGUCUUCGUGUUCUUGAUUUAAGUGAUUCAAGUUUAAUAACUGAUAAAUCAGUAACAAGUGUUCUUCAUAAUUGUCUCUACUUAGAACAUGUAGCAUUUUCACGUUGUUAUGCUAUUGCACCAAUUGCUUAUGCAUCAUUAAAACAAUUACGUCAUCUUGUUUCAUUGGAUAUAUUUGGUGUUGUUGAUGAACGUGGUUUACAAAAAUUACAUUCCUUACUUGGCUCAUCGAUCAGUUUAAAUCAACAGCGUUUUUCUUAUGUUGCACGACCAACCUAUGGUUUGCGUCGAACAUCAAUUUGGGGAUUGCGCACACGUCCUUAA